AAACUUAAAAAAAAUAUGGGAAAUGAUGCAAAGUCUAAAUUUAUUAGUUAAGAAUAUGAUGAAGAAUGGGAAAUUAUAGAGGUGCCUUUUCCAAAGAAAAUCUUAACUUUACGAUAAUCAACAUUGAAUAAAUCAAUUUUUACAGUGAUUGAUUAUCAACAAACAGAAACUCCAUAGAUAAAAGCAUAACCUUUGUUUUAGGGAAAUCAUCCUGAGAAAAAAACCAAGAAAUACUAAAUUUCUAAAAGAAUUCAAGAACUUUAGCAUUAAAUAGGAGGUGAGACUCUUUUUGGUGUAAGAAGAGGAAGAGGACCUAUUUAAUUUGGGGAGGAGAAAUAAUAAUAAGUAUUUAAUUAUAUCAAAACACUAGUAAUAACUUGUUGAAAGACCUCAAUUUCCAAGAAAGCAUAAAAGAACUCCUUUAGAUGUAAAGAAAUUGCGAUUAGAUUGA